UAAUUUAAUAGUAAUUGAUAAAUUAGAUAGUAAUUUUUUAAGCUAAAUAAAAAGGAGGAUGCUGGUGAAAGUUCUGUUUGUGAUGGCCGCGUGUCUGCCAUUUUGUUGUGCGUUUUCAGUUGGCGACUCGACGCUCUAUCUUGAAGUAUGGAGAAGCGUCUGGCGGUUCGAUAAUGACUCCUACACCAACGGGAUAUAUGUUAACAGAUUUUACCACUGCGUCGGGACUCCAAUUAAAAUUAAUGUAAUCCUUACCAGCGCUAAAUGUAUCUCACGCUUCUAUUUAUCGAAGAACAAACCCGAUAUUUAUCUUUAUGGAAGUUAUAACCAAACAGAGACGAUGAUCGACAGAGCUUCGCCGUUCUUUGUCCACUUCCUGGUGAACGAAAUGCAGUCUUUCAAAGAAUACAGCCCUAUGGUUUUCAAAGUCAGUGAGGCUUUCCUCCCCGAAGUCUCCGAUCUCUCCGACUCCAAGACAGAUAUCGCUUACCUGGUCCUCGAUGACCCGAUUUACCUGGACAAAGGCGUUGAAUUCGUAAAACUGGCCGACAAUAAUCACGAUAGAGUUUACAAUAACUGCACCAUGGUGUCCGUCAGCCGGAGCAAUGCUAAGAGCUCGAUUAAUCUUACCUGCAAUUUUUAUUUUAAAGACGACUUCGAGGAUCAGUUGGAAUGUCAUCCUGUGAACAAUACUGAUGACUUGCACGUGUUCUUCGACCCAGGCAGCCCGAUCUUCUGCGAAGAAAAUAGUUCUAUUGUACAAGUCGGAUUUGUGGCUAAAUAUCCUUACUUGUUUCCUCAGUUUUCUUCCAAUAAUCUGCUAAGGAUCCAACCUGUUGGAAAAUUUCAUUCAGAUAAUUAA